UAUCCGAAAGACGCCGACGACCGACGUCUUGACGCUCGCGGCGGGUGCUUUAAUACAAAUUUUAAUAACUGCUGUGUGGACGAUCCGCUAUCCCGGGUUAUCCAGGAAAAGAUUGCGCACGGUUACUUCCUGAUUAAUGGUUAAUCAUUACACUCGUAAAUAUAAUACAAGUAUGUGACAAGUAGAUAGUCAUGGUUCAUUUUGUGUGGUAGGUGCAUGUUUUGUUAAAAAAUUAAUGAGUGGUAAAAAUUAAUAAAAUGUGAAGUUGUACAUUUUUAUAAAUUCGUUCAAGGAGGCACACCUGUUAGCGUUAUUUUUGAGUAACUUUUGUUAAGUUCAGAAUUUCAACAAUGAUGAGGUCUUCAAUUGGAGGAAGCAUUCACAGAAUCAGGGAAUUUGAAUUGGAGAAGGUAAAUUUGGCUGAUGAAUUUGACAUUCUGCAAAUAGUUGGGGAAGGAUGGUUUGGAAAAAUAUUGCUUGUUGAGCAUAAAGCGACAGACACAGAAAUGGUUCUGAAAGCUCUGCCGAAGCCAUACACGGCCCUUAGGGACUUUUACCGGGAGUUUCAUUACGGCCUGCAUCUGGGUACCCAUAAAAAUAUAAUCAGUACGUAUGACGUUGCCUUCGAAACUGCAGGAUUCUACGUAUUUUCACAAGAAUAUGCACCACUAGGUGACUUGACAUCCAACGUAUCUGACACCGGAAUUGGUGAACUUCAUUCCAAACGAGUGGCCAAACAAUUGGCAGCUGCCCUUGAGCACCUUCACAUGCGGGACUUAGUGCACCGCGAUGUUAAGUUAGACAAUAUUUUAGUAUUUAAAUCAGACUUUUCUCGAAUUAAGUUAUGUGAUUUUGGGGAAACGCGAAGGAAUGGAUCGAACGUCCUUCGACGAAACGAAUGGUUACCGUACGCUCCCCCUGAAGUUUUAGAAGUGAAGACUGACGAUAGCUAUAAGGCAGAAACUACUCAUGACGUUUGGCAGUAUGGAAUAGUAAUUUUCGUAUGUUUGACAGGGUGUCUUCCAUGGCAAAAAGCUGCUUUGGACGAUCCCCGAUACGUUAGGUAUCAUUCUUGGCAGUCAAGUGCGAUGCCAUUGAAAAAACAACCAAAACUAUUUAAAUUAGUAUCAUCCAAAGCACUUAAAUUGUUCAAAAAAUUUCUAGAGCCUCGGAAAGAAAGGCGACCAAUAAGCUUAGGAGAAGUUCACAGGUUCCUGGACGACCGAUGGCUCGCCAAGGGGAUCAUGGAAAAGAACAACAAUCUGGCUGUAGACGACGAUGGUCUGUGCCCGUCCAUGUACAGUUUCCAUAGCAGCCCAGAAGAAAAGAACAAACUACUUUUCACUCUAACCCAAUAUGGUAUAGAGACGACUGUUGAUCGAACUGCUAAAAAGGACAGGAUUAGACAAUGGAUACAAACAAGCGUGAUUGAAGAAGAAGAUGAAGAAGAAACAGCAUCUGAAGAAAAUGUCAUGAUAAAAGACAACGAGAGUAAUCCCAUUGGCGAGAGAGUGAAAGAAAGGGGACCCAUAUCCGAAAAUAGUGUAAGACGGAGGGAAAGGAGAAUAUCUACUAUCAGUUCUAGGAGACUUUCAGAUAUUUAUGUUCCUCCCAUCGAUCCUAGGAUUCCCCUUGAACAACAAAAAGACAAAUGGCUUUCAAUGAAGAACUUGUCAAAUUUAGAUGGUAAUUUAAAAAAGGAAAAUUUAGUGGAAAAUGGCAUUCAUGAAAAACCUAUAACGAACGGGGGUUAUCCAAAAUUGGUUAACGGAACAAAUGAUUCGCCAGUUCCAAAUCGAAAUUCUGCCAAGGAGAAUCAUCACAACAAGACAAAUAACAGAAGAGAUGCAUCUCCAUUAAGACAUGAAAUACAUGUUCAAAUACCGCAAUCGUCUAAACUGUUUGACGUGUACUCGACAUAUUGCAGUGAUAAUAAUAAUCAGAAUACUAACAAUAAUUAUCCGAGGAACGGGUAUCACAAAUCUAAUGGGGUACAACACAGAAAAGAUAGCUCAGAAAGUCAAAAUUCUAGUCACUCAAGUAAAUAAAAAAUGAUUACAUGAACAUAAUGCGUAUACUUCGUUUACUUUCUGUAGCGAUGUGGCUUUCAGUUU